CCUUACCUAAUAUACCAACAACCUCAGCCAACUCUUUCUUCCCACCAACCCUUAAUUUUAAAAACAAAUUCUUACUAUUUUUUCACAUUCAAAUCCAAUUUCAAGAAUCAUUACACUUCUCAAUCCCACCAAACUCUCUGUCGGAAAAAAAAAAAAAUGGCAGCGGCGACCUCGUAUUCAAUCCAGCCCAAAUCAAUCUCCGCACAGAUUACUCAUCUUCAACAUCAAUCUAAUUCACAGAGUUCUGUUACAUCACUCUCUUUCUCCUCUCAAUUGGAGCCUGUUUCUAUCAAAUCAUUGUCUGCAGCAAGACAACUUCAUUUGCAGAGAGUUGGUGCAGUUGUAAGAGCAGAGGUCAACUCGGGAGCAAUGGAGGUUGAUAUCUCACUAAGCCCGCGAGUCAACUCGGUCAAGCCUUCGAAAACGGUGGCUAUCACUGACCAGGCUACUGCACUCGUGCAAGCCGGUGUGCCCGUUAUUCGAUUAGCAGCUGGAGAGCCUGAUUUCGAUACACCCGCAGCAAUUGCCGAGGCUGGAGCUAAUGCAAUCCGGGAAGGAUAUACGAGGUAUACCCCUAAUGCAGGCACGUUGGAACUCCGUUCGGCUAUUUGUCACAAGCUAAAAGAGGAAAACGGAAUAUCUUACACACCCGAUCAGAUUCUGGUGAGCAACGGGGCGAAACAAAGUAUCGUUCAGGCAGUUCUCGCAGUUUGCUCACCGGGAGACGAGGUGAUAAUUCCAGCUCCGUUUUGGGUGAGCUACCCAGAAAUGGCAAGAUUAGCCGAUGCGACACCUGUAAUUAUUCCCACGAGCAUAUCCGAUAAUUUUCUUUUAGACCCAAAAGUUCUCGAGUCGAAGUUGACCGAAAAGUCAAGGCUGUUGAUUCUGUGCUCUCCUUCGAACCCAACAGGGUCCGUUUAUCCUCGUAAAUUGCUUGAAGAAAUUGCUGAGAUUGUCGCGAGGCACCCUAGGCUUCUAGUGAUGUCUGAUGAAAUUUACGAACAUAUAAUUUAUGCGCCGGCGACUCACACGAGCUUUGCGUCUUUGCCGGGCAUGUGGGAUAGAACUUUGACUGUAAAUGGCUUCUCAAAGGCUUUUGCGAUGACCGGUUGGAGACUUGGUUAUAUUGCUGGACCGAAACACUUUGUUGCUGCAUGUGGGAAGAUCCAAAGUCAGACGACUUCGGGAGCAAGCAGUAUAUCUCAGAAAGGUGGUGUUGCUGCUUUAGGGUUGGGAUAUGCUGGUGGAGAAGCAGUCUCGGUUAUGGUUAAAGCUUUUCGUGAGAGACGAGAUUUUCUUGUUAAAAGCUUCGGCGAAUUGGAUGGUGUCAAGAUUUCCGAGCCUCAGGGAGCUUUCUAUCUUUUUCUUGAUUUCAGUUCUUACUAUGGCUCAAAAAUUGAUGGCUUUGGUGUAAUCGACGGUUCCGAGUCCCUAUGCCGGUAUUUGCUCGACGAAGCUCAAGUUGCCCUUGUUCCGGGAGAUGCAUUUGGAGACGAUACAUGUAUUAGAAUAUCGUACGCAGCAUCAUUGGCCACUUUGAAGGCUGCCGUAGAAAAAAUCAAAGGGGCACUCUUAUCCCUCAAGCCUGCGGUUCUUGCUUAGUUUUUAGUCUCGUAAAUUUAUUACAUCUGCAGAAUUUGUCGAAUAAAUUACGAUUUUGUUUGUUUGUUUGCUUUGUUUUAAAUUAGCUUGUGUUGUAAACUAUGUAACAUAUAUAGCCAAAUGCAAUGGCUGUGUUUGAUUUGUGUUAUGUCGAAAAAUAAAAUUACCUGCGUUGAGAGGAUUCGAAUAGUGGAAUUUCAUGAAC